CGAUGGUCCCACACGAUGUCAGCCCAUCAUCGCCCUUCAUCGCUUCAUUUCUAGUGUCACAGAAAGAAAAGAAUUGUCAUUUCUGUUUUACAUGUUGAUUCAGGCAUUUUAUAAAAUUCAAAUUAGUUUCUUCUGCUUUUAUUAAAUUCAUUGUCGAUUGCUAUUCUCUCCUACAGCUCAGCUUCUUUAUCAAGUAGAACUUUUGCUUCUCCUUUAACGCCACUAAGUUUAGAGUUAUUCCAGCACGAAAUUCAGCUUCAAGGAUUAACAUUCUCCACAAUGGGACCCUCAGCACGUCCUCGGCAGCAUAUCGAUCGGAAAGAUCUAUAUACAAAUCUCGAGGCGCGAAUACAGUAUCUCCACUCGUUUAUUGAUUUCAGUUCAAAUGAUAUCGAGGCCUUGGUGACAGGCUCCAGAUACAUAAAACAGCUUAUCCCUGCCAUCGUCAAUAUUGUCUACCAGAAACUUCUGCAGUAUGACAUUACGACACGGGCCUUAGAAACCCGGAGUACGAGCUAUGAGGGACCAGUAGAUGAGAAUCUAGAUGAAAACAGCCCGCAAAUAUUACAUCGCAAAAUGUUCCUAAGGGCGUACCUAUCGAAGUUAUGUUCGGACCCCAGCACAAUGGAAUUUUGGGAGUAUCUGGACAAAGUGGGUAUGAUGCAUACUGGCCGUGGACGUGAACACCCCUUACAUGUCGAAUAUGUCCAUAUCGGGGCAUGUCUCGCCUUCAUCCAAGACACUUUUACGGAGGCGCUUCUUUCACACCCGCGCCUACGGACGGACAAGAAGGUUGCUCUAGUAAAGGCGAUCGGCAAGGUCAUCUGGGUCCAGAACGACCUUUUCGCAAAGUGGUAUGUGCGAGACGGCGACGAGUUCGCAGACGAAAUAGAGAAGCAGAGAGUCGAGCCGGAAGGGUUCCUGCACGGGAAAAAGAUAUUAGAGGACAUCGAGGAAGGCAUUUCGCCGUCUUCUUCGUGUCCCUUCACGGGAUUUUCUGCCGCAGCAAAGGCAGAUGCAUGCAAUGGAUGUGGGGAAAAUGGUGAGAAAGAGAAUGGGUGCUCCUCAACAUUACCUAUACGAACGCAUGUCGAGACGAAUUGAAGUUAUACGUUGCGAUUGGCAUUAUCAAUUUGUUUUCUGGCUUCAGGUUCAAGUGGGCUGUAAUUAAGGGGCAAGGAACUAGGUUAUCGGCAUACGGUGGUGUCAAGGAUAGUGGGCUUAGUGAAUAAAUCUGGGCAUCAUUGUGGCAGCAUCAGAGCAGCAUACAUACGUGCUUCUAUUAUAGGCGCCUAGGUUAAACACGAGCCCUUCGAUUUCACAGUGCGUUGCAUUUCGUGAUAUAUUGUGUCGACUUGUGAGUGAUACAUACCAGACGUGGGGAGUGCCCAGAUUGUGUAAGAGCUGAGGCUAAACUUUGCUACUUACUGGCUAGGUACCUACGUAGAUAGCCGUAGUAUGGGAAUAAUAUAGAUAGAGCACUUCAGUGCCUUCUAAUUUAUCUAAGAGUAGGCGUUGAUAUAUCUUUAAUGUACUACCUACCUAGGUUACACACUUAGGCUUUUUACCAACCAGUUACCUGUCACACCGUGGGUGGUAUCUCUG